AUGAAGAGAAAAUGGGAAGCAACACUGAAGCAGAUUGAGGAACGAGCAUCCCAUUAUGAGAGGAAACCGUUGUCCUCGGUGUACAGACCGAGGUUGUCCAAGCCAGAAGAACCACCUUCCAUUUGGAAACUGUUUCAUCGGCAAACUCAGGCUUUUAAUUUUGUUAAAAGCUGUAAACAGGAAGUUCAUGUAUUUGCUUUGGAAUGCAAAGUGGGUGAUGGACAGCGUAUUUACCUCGUAACAACCUAUGCUCAACUUUGGUUUUACUAUAAAUCCCGAAGAAAUCUCUUACACUGCUAUGAAGUCAUUCCUGAAAAUGCUGUGUGCAAGCUUUAUUUUGAUUUGGAAUUUAACAAACUUGCCAAUCCAGGAGCUGAUGGGAAAAAGAUGGUUGCAUUACUCAUUCAGCAUGUUUGUAAAGCACUUGAAGAGUUUUAUACAGUUAACUGUUCAGCUGAAGAUGUUCUCAACUUGGAUUCUAGCACUGAGGAAAAAUUUAGCCGCCAUUUAAUAUUUCAGCUCCAUGAUGUGGCGUUUAAAGAUAAUAUUCAUGUUGGUAAUUUUGUGCGAAAAAUCUUGCAGCCUGCUUUUCACUUAAUUGCCAGUGAAGAUGAUGAUACGACCCCAGAGACGACAGGCUGUGAAUUUACCCAUUUUUCUGAAACAGCAAGUGAACAAGGAACUUGCUUUAGUAAAAUGUCCACAGAUAACGACGUAGGAAAGAGUGGGACAUCGAAUUCAGAGAAACUGGGGAGGCUGGGGUCGGCUCAGCAAAGCAGUCCUGGUCUUUCGUUUUUAAUAGUGAAGAAUGACAUGGGAGAAAAGCGCCUUUUCGUGGAUCUAGGAGUUUACACAAGGAAUAGAAACUUUCGACUCUAUAAAUCAUCAAAAAUAGGAAAGCGUGUGGCUUUGGAAGUUGCUGAAGAUAACAGAUUUUUCCCUGUACAAUCGAGGGAUAUUUCGAAAGAGAAUCAGUACUUCCUGGCGUCUUUGGUCAGCAAUGUCAGAUUCUCAGAUGCUUUACGAAUUCUGACAUGUGACACACCUCAAAGUAACCAGCGAAUUCCGUGUUUCAGUCGUACCAGUACUUCAGAAGCCAUUGAAGGGUUUCAGUGCUCACCUUACCCUGAAGUGGAUCAGUUUGUUCUCUCACUGGUGAAUAAAAACGGCAUUAAAGGAGGAAUUCGGCGGUGGAACUACUUUUUCCCAGAAGAAUUGUUGGUUUAUGACAUUUGUAAAUACCGCUGGUGUGAAAACAUUGGAAGAGCCCACAGGAGUAAUAAUAUCAUGAUUUUGGUUGACCUGAAAAAUGAAGUUUGGUAUCAAAAAUGUCAUGACCCUGUCUGCAAAGCAGAAAACUUCAAAUCUGACUGCUUUCCACUACCUGAGGAAGUGUGUCUUCUGUUUCUUCUCAAAGAGGAAGAGGAGUUUACAACAGAUACGACAGCAAACACUGAAACCAGGAGUCCUCAUGAACCAUCAUCUUCUGUGUCGUCAAAAGGGGCAUUUUCCGAUGCUGACUGGGAAAAUGGCAUUGAUGAUACCUACAUUUUGGAGGCCACAGAAGAUGCUGAAUUAGCAGACGCUGCAGAGAACAGUCUUCUCGCUUAUAAUGGGAUGGAUGAAAUUCCUGAUGAACUACUACUAGAAGUAUUACAAGAGUAGCUAAUUAUGGACACUGACAUAACUAGGCUGUAAUCUACAUGAAGGCAGA